UCGAAUUAAUAGGAUUCACCGCAUAAAGUGAAAUAACUGAAAUCUGUUUAUUUGGAAUUAUCACGUGCGCCUUCUCUGUUGGGGAAGAUUCGCGAGCAAAUAGAGAAUCGAGCUGGGAAAAUGGCCCAGUCGGGGGAAGUGAAUGAGGGUGUUUAUGAUCAUCGUAUUUUGCGUGAUUGGUCAAAUGUGAAUAAUACGAAUGGUACAAUGCAUUUGUCCAAGGAUAUGAUAUUCAAUGAUGGCCAUCGUCUGUCCAUCACCGUCUACAGCAUACUCUUUGUGAUCUCAACAAUUGGGAAUAGCACAGUACUCUAUCUGCUGACCAAGCGUCGAUUGCGAGGUCCCUUGCGUAUUGACAUCAUGCUAAUGCAUUUGGCCAUUGCCGAUCUAAUGGUGACGCUGCUGCUGAUGCCGCUCGAGAUUGCGUGGGCCUGGACUGUGCAGUGGCGCUCCACGGAUCUGAUGUGCCGUCUCAUGAGCUUCUUUCGCGUCUUCGGACUGUACCUGUCGAGCUUUGUCAUGGUGUGUAUAUCGCUGGACAGAUAUUAUGCCAUCCUGAAGCCACUGCAACGAUCCUACAAUCGUGGUCGUAUCAUGUUGGCCUGCGCCUGGCUGGGCUCCGUCAUAUGCAGCAUUCCACAGGCCUUUCUCUUCCAUCUGGAGGAGCAUCCGAUCGUUAAAGGCUACUUUCAAUGCGUCACCUUUCAUUCGUUUGUGAGCGAAUUUGACAACUGGCUGUAUCAGAUCGCGACAAUGUGUGCCAUGUACGCGUUUCCUUUGAUCGCUUUCAUUUACUGCUAUGGUGCCAUCUAUCUGGAGAUCUAUCGCAAAAAUCAGCGCGUGCAUAAGGAUGUCAUUGCGGAACGCUUUCGUCGCUCCAACGACGACGUCUUGAGUCGGGCCAAGAAGCGUACACUCAAGAUGACCAUAUCGAUUGUGAUUGUGUUCAUCAUCUGCUGGACUCCGUACUACUUUAUAUGCAUGUGGUAUUCAUUGGAUAAGACGUCGGUGGAUAAAGUGAAUUCUUUGGUGCGCAAGGCCCUGUUUAUAUUCGCCUCAACGAAUUCCUGCAUGAAUCCCUUGGUCUAUGGCCUGUACAAUAUUCGUGGUCGCAUGAACAACAACAACAAUGUGUCGGUUAACAAUCGCCACACCUCGCUAUCGAAUCGCUUGGACUCCUCCAAUCAGCUGCUGCAGAAGCCUAUCAGCACGUUGCCCAAUGGCAACGGCAACGUGAUGGCUGCUGCAGUGGCGGCCACCACAAAGCUGGCGCAUGUGGUGCGCCUGAAGACAAAUGGUGCUGCCGGCGACAGUCCGUCUCCGGUUGCCGCAGCACCCCCCGCCGCCCCGCUGGAUGUAAACGACGACGACGUCAGCGUCAGUGUUGUCACCGUCAAGUGCCAGGAGCAGACGCCCAAACAGCCCAAGACGCCCAUCAUUUGCCUCAAUUGUGGCGACUCCAUUGAAGUGGCUAGUGUGGAGAAGACAUAAAGUACAGGGUAUCUGGCAAGUAGAUUCAAUGACAACUCGAAUCGACAGCGGAAACGACUUAAUUAAGAGUUGCUACCGUUUUAUUUUUCUUGAUGCGGCUCGGAACAAAAGGCUUAUUUAAUUUGCUUGCGAGUUUUUUUCUUUGCAUUUAAGUUACAGAUUAAAAUGUUAAUCACAACAAAUAUGCCAGAGCAGAUCAAAAAUAUAUUUUGGUCUAGGCCGUUAAAUGUUUGAA